AUGUGGACAUCUUUAAAAGCCACCAGGUCUGUGAGCCUGAGUGUCAUUUCAGACACGUGCUCCGAGCCUGUGCUGUCGGAGCGCGGACGGAGAAGCAGCGUUUGCAAGUCCAUCUGUCUGUCUGGCUUCCUUGUGAAUGGGCCGUGUCCCCGCCGCGGACACAGGCGCUUCAACAGCUCCGUGGGCCCAAAGCUGCACCACUGGCUCACACUGCACUGGGUGCCGCUCGGGGAAACCUGCCCUCCCGAGAGACCAGAAAGGCCCCCCGGUGGCCUGGGGCCUCCCCGGCUCUUUCUGGAUGGAGGCGGCUCAGGAAGGAGCUGGCUGAACACUUUGGCCUUCGCCUUCCAGCCCCUGCGGACCGCACCUCCCCUAGAGCAGAGGCUGCGUGAGGAGCAGGAAAUGCUGUACCAGCCGGCUCCCCAGGAUCUCUGUCUGACCGCCAGGAUGGAGCUGGGGCCAGCGACCGAGACCUUCGUGCUGGAGCUUCGGCGUCUUGAAGGCAGGGGCCCAGGACCUCACACCCUCUCAGGUGGCAGCGGUGGGAGUGAGAGUCAGGAGGAAGAAGAGGCUCAGGAGAGGAGCAGCAGCCCACCACGGCCAGAAAUCUCAGCCCUGAUGGGGACCGGUGAAAUCGCUGAGGAAGCCCCCCCGGAAAAGCAGGAGCUACGACCCCCACAGUUAGAACAGCAGCCAGAGCUGCAGCAAAAGCCACGGCAGAAGCGACUGCGACAGCAGCGACCACGGAACCAGUCGUCAGAGCAUCAGCCAGAAUCACAGCAGCAGCAAGAUGGCCAAGAGCAGCUGCCUGAACAGCAGCAGGAACUGCAGGAGAAACCCCGGUCUGUGCAGGAAGAGCCACCGAAGCCAAAGACGCAGCUGAUACAGCGGCAGACACAGUUACAGGAGCAGCAGGUGCAAGAGCAGCAGCUGUCACAGCCACAGGAGGAGCGGUUGCAGCAGCAGCAGCAGGAUGGGCAACAGCAGCUGCCUCAACAGCAGCAAGAACUACAGGAAGAGCCCCAGGCUGUGGAACAAGAGCUGCGGAAAACCCAGCUGCAGCUGGUGCAACAGCAAGAGCAGUCACAGAAGCAGCCAGUGCAAGAACAGCCACUGUCACAGCCACAGCAGGAACACUUACAGCCACAGCAGCUGCUAGGACAACAGCAGCAGCUGCAAGAGCAGAAACAGCAGUUACAGCAGGAACAGCCACCGCUGCAGCAGUACGAACAAUUACAGCAGCAACAGAAGCAGCUACAACCACAGCAGGAACAGUUACAGCUGCAGCAGGCACAGCUCCAGCUGCAGCAGCAACAGUUGCAGCAGCUGCAGCAGCAGCAACAGUUACAGCAGCAGCAGCUGCUGCAGCAGCAGCAAGAACAGGUACAGCAACAGCUGCUGCAGCAGCAGCAGGAACAGUUGCAGCUGCUGCAGCAGCAGCAGGAACAAUUGCAUCUGCUGCAGCAGCAGCAGGAACAGUUACAGCAGCAGCUCUUACAUCAGCAGCACUUACAGCAGCAGCAGCUGUUGCAGCAGCAGCAAGAAGAGUUGCAACAGCAGCAGCUGCAGCCCCGUCCACUGGAGCCCGAGGAGGAGGAGGAGGAAGAGGUAGAGCUGGAGCUCCUGCCGGUGGACUUGGGUUCGGAGCAGGAGCUGGAGCAGCAGCGGCGGGAGCUGGAGCGGCAGCAGGAGCUGGAGAGACAACAGGAGCAGCGGCAGCUGCAGCUCAAACUGCAGGAGCAGCUGCAGCAGCUGGAACAGCAGCUGGAGCAGGAGGAGCAGCAGGAAGUGCAGCUGGAACUGACCCCCGUGGAGCUGGGGGCCCAGCAGCAGGAGGUGCAGCUGGAGCUGACGCCCGUGCAGCCGGAGCUGCAGCUGGAGCUGGUGCCCGCCGCCGGGGGCGCGGGGCUUCGGUACCUGGGGCUCCCGCUGCAGUCGUGGUGGCCCCCCAGGCUACGUGGUGCUGCAGGAGCUCAUGGUGCUGCCGGCCGUGUCCCUGCUCCCUACUGUCCUGAGCAGAAGCCUGUGGCUGAAGCAGAGGGCAUUCGGGAGUGCUGUCCAAGGUCCUAA